UGACAUCAUAGCUGUGCCCCAAUGACAUCCUGAAAAACAGAGAAAAGUUUCACGCUAGCGAACGAGAAUUAUCUGAACGAAAUUGUGGCCUGGAGCUUUCGAUGAAGAAAAGAAGAAGAGUGUCCCAAAAGAGUAAAGAGAGAGAGAAAUUGGACAUGGGCUUCUCUGGAGACAAUCGAAUAGGCUUUGUUUUGGCUUUGCUAUCAAGUGCGUUCAUUGGGGCAAGCUUCAUCAUCAAGAAGAAAGGUCUAAGAAGAGCAGCUGCAGCUUCUGGUGUCAGAGCUGGUGUUGGUGGGUAUUCCUAUCUCUUGGAGCCUCUGUGGUGGCUGGGCAUGAUUACAAUGAUUGUUGGAGAGGUUGCAAACUUUGUUGCAUAUGCAUUUGCCCCUGCAGUUCUUGUUACUCCUCUUGGUGCAUUAAGUAUUAUUGUCAGUGCUAUUUUGGCUCACUUUAUCUUGAAGGAGAGGUUACACCAGCUUGGAAUUUUGGGCUGCGUGAUGUGUAUUGCAGGUUCUGUCGUAAUUGUUAUCCAUGCACCACAGGAGCAUCCCAUUACAUCUGUUCAGGAAAUAUGGAGUAUGGCAACUCAACCAGCUUUUCUGCUUUACAUGGCCUCUGUAACUGUGUUGGUUUUCAUUCUGGUCUUCCAUUUUGCACCACGAUGUGGGCAUACAAACGUGUUAAUUUUCACCGGAAUCUGUUCUUUGAUGGGUUCUCUCUCGGUUAUGAGUGUUAAAGCCCUUGGAACUUCAAUAAAGUUAACUUUUGAGGGAAAGAAUCAGUUAUUCUAUCCAGAAACAUGGUUUUUCAUGUUGGUUGUGGCUACAUGUGUCAUCACUCAGAUGAAUUAUCUCAACAAGGCACUUGACACAUUUAACACUGCCAUUGUGUCCCCUAUCUAUUAUGUGAUGUUCACUACACUUACGAUCCUAGCCAGUGUCAUUAUGUUUAAGGACUGGGACGACCAAAGUGGAGGAGCCAUAGUAACAGAAAUAUGUGGCUUUAUUGUUGUGGUUUCUGGAACCAUUUUAUUGCAUGCAACCAAAGACUUUGAGAGAAGCUCAUCUUUUAGAGGUGGCUACACACCUGUAUCCCCUUCAUUGUCUAAUCGACUUUACAGCGGAAAUGGGGAUUUACUGAAGCAUGAAGAGGAAGAUGAAACGUCUACUGAGGAAAUUUGCUUAAGGAGUCAAUAACUGUAUUAGAUAGGUCUGCUUCAGAUAAUGCAAUCCCAUCACUUCAAAUUAACAACAAGGCAGAACCGAAAUUUGAAGAAUUUUGAAGAGGAUGUCCAUCAGGUGACUCUCCACUUUCAGUUCUGGACAUAACCUCCCAACAAUAAGGAAGACUUCCAGAGCUUGUUCAGGUGGUUGUAUAGUUGCUCUUGAGCAUCAUGGGGAUUUCAUUGUUUCGGUGUAUGGUUUGAAGGAAUGAUUAACAAAUGACAGUAAAGUCUCUGAGGUGCAUACCUGUACAAUUUGUCCAAGGUUGCUGGUUUUUCAUGUGUGGUUUGUUCACUUGUCAAAUAAGGAAAUGGCUUUAGGUAAGCAAGAUUGAAUCCCUCUGAAGACUCAAGAACCCGAAUUCCAGCAAGGAAGGCAAGUAUUCUUUGCUCAUUUUAUGAUCUCCUAUGUAAGAUGAGUGAUUUCUGUUAUUCUUUUUCUUUUGAUUUUCUGUUUUGGGAAUCUUUUGUUUCUUAAAUAAGAAGGAAAUGCUUGAAGAGUGUCUUUGCAAUCAGUUGUAGACUUUCAAUAUUUACUGAUGUACUGCCAGCCGCACGUUUUUAGAGUGGAAUGAAGGAUAAUGUUCUGGGCUU